AUGGCUUCAAACUCCGCAACCUCGCGCCUAAGGCCCUCCGCGUCUGAAGUCCCCAUCACGUCGAGAUGGUGUAAUAGGGCAUUGCGUCCUUUAACAUCUACAAUAUUGCGUCUGGAAAAAUACUGGAAGAUAACCCCAUUGGGUGCUCCGAACUUGAAUAGCACCAAUGCGUGCAGCCUCGAUCAGGACAGCCGCACUGUGACGAGAGAGGAGAGGGAAACUUCCGAAUCAGAGUCUACCCCCAAUGAUCCGACUUGGGUUCCAGGACGUGCCAUGCGCAAGCGUAUUAGGCAUAAAUAUUCCACUCGUAUUGGGAGCCGGUCGAGGGUCAUUGUGAGGAGUCCAGAGGCCCAGAAGCUUUUGCCCGGGCAGUUUUCUCUCCCCACUCCUUUAAUAAAGGGACAGGGCCGACAAGGCCAGACGGUGGAUGGGGCAAACGGGAAUGCAAAUACGAAUUCUACAGUUGUGGAUUCUAAUGAAAACUCGUCAACCCAAAAUUCCCGUCGGGUUUCUGCGAAACGUAAGCCACCGCCCUAUUCGGGAUGGAAUAGUCAGAGGACAUGGAAGGAUUCGUGUGAGGAGUAUAAUGAAUCGUCAUAUAUUGCGAUCGCGCAGGGUAUUUUCCAAGUUUGGGAUACAUUUCUUAUAAUGACAGCUCCACAACAAAGCAUUAGCUGGGGGGCAAGAUCUCUUUUGUCUAUGGCUUUGGAUACAACUUCCAUGUAUAUUGCUCAAGAACAGGAGGUUGCUGACAAUUGCGAAGACAAAGACGAGCAGAUCGAUGUGGCAGAUCUUAUUUUCACAGAACUAGAAAGUAUUUAUGGAACACCUAAUGCAGGAUGGAAACCCCUCAAAGCUCUUGUACGACUCCAUGGCAUCCGUUUAGUUUGCGAGGGGAUUCAGAAAAGGUGGAUAUCUCCGAUGAUAGGCCGCCAACUUGUAUUGAAUUCAAUUGAAUCAUCUUCGUACGAUGCUGCGAGAGAAAUAUUGUCGGCCCUCCUUUCUGUUUCCCAGAGAAUUGAAGGUCCUAGCCAUCUGGAUUGUACAUUGUUUUCAUCCAGGAGUUUUGGGGUAUUCCAUACUUUGGCUACAUACGUCAACAAAUCUAGUCAUUUAAGCUUCUUCUUUCGUGAGGUCGGGGCAUUAUUACGGUACGGCAUCGUGCCUGUGGAGUGGAUAGCCACGGAGUCCAUGAAACCGUUUGUGACUCAUGCUAUUCAGUCAAUAUCAUGUGAGGAUGGUGACUGUUCCGCUUCCGCCCUAUAUAUUGUGAAUAUGAUUCUUGUCGCCUCUGGGUCGGACACUUGCGUCGACAUAUCAACUUUCGAAUCGCCCCAGGACAAAGCACCGAAUACGUCACAAGCUCUUCGAGGGAUACCGAAACCGCAUCUCACAUAUCGGAAAAUCUCGACGAAUUCGAACGGGAGAACAGACGAAAGUUUAACAAUUGCUUUGAAUAAUAGCAUUUCGAGUAUUUUAGGUAUUCUCUGUAGUGCACAUAUUGUGCGUUUUGGAAACCAACCACAUGCACCGUCAUCAACUGCUUCUUCCAUGCAGCAUGUACUAGCUAGGCUGUCAGCCAUAAUGCAGCAUGAUAUACUAGCAGCAUCGCUUGAUAUAGCGCAGAAUCGCACAAGAUCGCAGCUUUUACGAACUGGGUAUAUCUUGAUGGCAGAUUAUCUUCUUAACUGCAUGAUCAAUAGAUGCAGCGGGCAGGGAGAAACAGAUGAUGCUAUCAUGUCCGGGCUUUUAACUGCCUUUGAAUAUUUUAUUAGCCGGUUGAAAAAUCGAAAAGAUUUCACGGGUAGCCUGUCGACGUUCGUGACUCAUGUAUCGCAGAAUUGUGGUCGAGCCCGAGCAGACGAUGGAUUCAAUCAACUGGAACUAUUUACGGAUGCGCUUACGGAUGCUAGUUUGCAGCGGUAUCCUACGCUUAGAGCUCUUCUGAGCAAGGUGGCUGUUGAUGCGGCACUGGACUUUGCCGAAUACACUCUCCACCCUGAUCACCACUCUUGGGCUGCUUAUAUACAGACUAAAGUGGGGUCAUAUACGCAUGCUCCCUUCCACCAAGGCGUGAUCGUGCCGUUGACACCAUCGCUGGCUUUGUCAAAGAGUGGCUAUAUAUGGGAAGACAGUAUUGGAGAAUGGAUUGCUGCAGUCCCUGACAAGAGGGUACAGAAGGGGCCAUGUCGCCAUAAGAACCGCAAAGGUUCCUCGGCGGACCCUCGAGAUGUCCCAUCAAAUUUAAGUAUUUCGGAAGAUGCCAGAAUGUCUAGAAGCUCCAGUAAGUUUUCAGCUUCUUCGGAGGGGUAUAACUCAAGUAUUUCGUCAUCAGACUCCCCCUAUCCAUCUUGUUCUCGGAGACGGAAACGAAUCGUCAAUUUUCCGGAACCGAACUCGAGCAAACGAAACAAAGCCGCAUAUACCUCUACAUUCAGCGCACCUACUCGUCGGCUAUGGUCCAGGGGCAAACGUACUUGGAGUCUCUAUAUUGAUGAACGCGGGGACAGCGAGCCUGACCCGUUAAUACCUGAUCAAUUUGCACACUUAGAAACUGCAACGAAAUUUAAUGAAUCUGAACCCAUUCUAUACACUACAAGAGCGUUACGUGAAAGAAAAAGGAUCAAUUAUCCUCAUUCUCCUGUUGCUGUUGAAGUUAAAAUGCCAUUGGAGGGUCCAAGAUACCGAAAAGCGGUUGAGGUCGUCAUAUCCAAUACCAAGAAAAAACAAAUGGAGAGAAAACCUAGCAAAUUUCCCAUAUCAAAAAAACGAGUGCAAGCGCCAGCAAAGUCAGAUAGCGGUAACGAUGUCAGUAGUGACGAUGACAAUAACGAUAACGACGAAGAUGUCCUCUCCAUUGAGCCACCUCGUCUUUACCCUUUGCAAUGCUAUAGCUCCAGCACAACCAACCCGCGUAUCUCUUCCCCCGUGAAUAUGAUAACUCGUCACCGUUCGACUAGAUCUUCAUUACGAAACCCAACCAUAGUGCGCGCUGCAGAAAAUAAUCUCGAUGGCUCGAGUGAUGAUGAACUGAGUUUCCUUUGA